ACGUAAUAAACUACACGUCGUGUUGUAAAAACGACACGACUCUUUCUUCCAGCUUAAAACGCGCCAGUAGCUCCUCCUACUCUUCUUCUUCUUCUUCUUCAAUCGCAAAUGGAGGAGUACCAGACUUUCGAGACGGAUCUGAUUCACGCCAUUUUCAAGCUCGUCUGGUCCAGAAGAGCUCUCGAGCGUCAGUUACUUGAAGGCACCGAUGCUUUGGACGGCGAGGUGGGAGCUGGAACGUCGAAGAAAAAUCGGCCGACGUCAGAGGCUGUGCAGCGUGCUGCUACGAUUGCUGAGGCGGAGGGCACUGAUAAGAUUGAGGCAACUCAUUUGGAGCGGAUUCUCCCGCAGUUGCUUUUGGAUUUUUGAGGUAUCAAAACGUGCUGAGUUAAAAAAAGAAUCUGGACAAGUAUAUCUUUGGAGGCAACUACAGUAAGAAUGUUUCAUAGGAACCACCCUUUGUAAUGGUUGUUGCCUCUACUACGGACUCACUUUUGUUAUAUGUAAUCUAAAAUACUCCCAUCCUUUUGUACUAGAAACCUUUGGAAGUACAUAUGCAAGGAUUUGUGCUGAGACUUGUAUAGUUUCCUCAUGAUUGAGCAUAUUAGGUAGUUAAUGUUCUUGCAUUUGGUGGUUUAUAUAUGCGAGUUAGGGCAAGAAUCCUCUUUUCUUCUUAACCUUUCCUUCUGAUACAUUUUCAAGGUUGAUUCAAUCAUAUGAUAUCUUGCUCUU